AUGCACAGUCUAUCUAUCUAUCUAUCUAUCUAUCUAUCUAUCUAUCUCUCUCUCUCUCUCUAUAUAUAUAUAUAUAUAUAUAGAGAGAGAGAGAGAGAGAGAGCUAUUUUUCACUUUUUGUUUUUAGAAAUCUUUUCUCCCUCUCGCCUUUCUUACUUUCCUUAUUUCCUCCUAUUUUUCUUUCUUUCUUCCUUCCCGUCACUUCUCCUUUCUUUCCUCCUUUCUUUCUCCAGUCUAUUUUCUUUCUGUUCAGCCCUCUAUUUGUCUCCCUCAAAACUCUUUCAUUCAUUCAUUCAUUUCCCUACUUCCUUCCUAAUCUAUUUGAUUCUUUCCUUUCUUUUUUUUAUUUUACAUUCCUUAUCCCAUCACUUUUUUUCGAUUUCUAUUUUUCUCUCCCUUCGGAAUUCUUUUAUUAUUUCUUCCUUUUUUUGCUGCACCCACUUACUUUCCGACUAUUUUUCUACUUUUUCUUUUUAUGAACGCCGGCCUUACACGCCCUUUCUUUCUCUUUCCUGCUUCGAUAUUCUACGCGUGACAUCGUCAGACUCCUGUGUAUGUGGAGAAAUCUAUCUUCACUCUAAACCUUUUCUAUCUCUAAAUCUAUCUAUCUAUCUAUCUAUCUAUCUAUCUAUCUAUCUAUCUAUCUAUCUAUCUAUCUAUAUCUCAUUCAACUCUAAAUUCUCUUCUUUCUUCAUCAUAAUUUUUAUUUUCUCCUCCCCCACUCCACUGCUUUUAUUUCCCUUUAUUUCACACUUAUGCUCUCUUUCACCCCUAUAA